AUGGGACUUUACGAGCGUGCAGUGGACAAAUUACUGAAAAUGUCUACAAUGUCGAGGUCUGUUCAUAUUAGCCAGCAAAAGCUGGCUGAAAAGCUGAUAAUUUUGAAUGAUCGCGGUAUCGGAAUGUUGACAAGAAUCUACAACAUUAAAAAAGCUUGUGGAGACGCCAAAUCUAAGCCAGCGUUUCUUUCUGAUAAAGCUUUGGAGUCAUCCAUAAAACAUAUAGUUAGAAGAUUUCCUAAUAUUGACAUCAAAGGACUUCAAGCUAUCACAAACAUAAAAAAUGAAAUAAUAAAAUCUCUAUCUUUGUAUUAUUAUACAUUUGUAGACUUAUUGGAUUUUAAAGACAAUGUUUGUGAGCUUUUGAAUAUUAUGGAUGCAUGUCAAGUGACCCUGGAUUUGACACUGAAUUUUGAGUUAACCAAAAAUUAUCUUGACCUUGUUACAACUUAUGUAUCUUUAAUGAUAUUAUUGUCAAGAGUUGAAGACCGUAAAGCUGUGUUAGGUCUAUUUAAUGCAGCUCAUGAAAUGGUGCACAGCCAAAUUGACCCAAGUUUUCCCCGUUUGGGGCAACUGAUAGUUGAUUAUGAUGCACCCCUUAAAAAACUUACAGAAGAGUUCAUACCACAUCAAAAGUUGUUGUCAGGAGCAUUAAAUUCUCUUUGGCAUGUGUAUCCUGCCAGAAACCUCACUGCUGAACAUUGGAGAUCUGAACAAAAACUUAGUUUGGUCAGCAACCCAGCUCAACUCCCUAAACCUUCUGAAACUAAUACAAUGUCCUGCGAAUAUCUCUCAUUAGAAAGCCUUGAGAGCUGGGUUAUAUUUGGUUUUGCUAUUUGUCAUCAAAUGUUGCAGCAGGAGCAUGCUAAUAAAAUGUGGGUGAGUGCUUUGGAAUCCAGAUGGGUAAUUGCACUAUUUCGUGAUGAAGUUAUAUUUAUUCAUAGUUAUAUACAAGGCUUUUUUGAUGGCAUUAAAGGGUAUGGCAAAAGGAUAUCAGAGGUGAAAGAUUGUUAUCAUCAUGCAGUUCAAAAAGCUGGUUACAAACACAGAGAAAGAAGAAAAUUUCUAAGAACUGCAUUGAAGGAAUUGGGUCUGAUUUUAUCUGAUCAACCAGGGUUAAUGGGGCCAAAAGCUUUGUUGGUUUUUAUAGGUCUGUGCUAUGCUAGGGAUGAAGUUUUCUGGCUUUUAAGGCACAAUGAUAAUCCACCACAGAAAGUCAAAGGUAAAUCAGCAGAGGACCUGGUGGAUAGACAACUUCCUGAACUUUUGUUCCACAUGGAAGAAUUGAGAGCAUUAGUUCGAAAGUACAGCCAAGUCAUGCAAAGAUACUAUGUGCAAUAUCUAUCUGGCUAUGAUGCUGUAGCCUUGAACCUUAUGAUUCAGAAUUUGCAGGUGUGCCCUGAAGAUGAAAGUAUUAUUCUGUCAUCAUUGUGUAAUACAGCAGCAAAUUUAAGUGUGAAGCAAGUUGAAGACAAUGAAUUAUUUGAUUUUCGAGCUUUUCGACUAGAUUGGUUUCGAUUACAAGCUUACACCUCUGUUGCUAAGACACCCCUAAAUCUUGUAGAUCAGAGAGAAUUGGCACAGUACAUAGAUAAAAUGGUGUUUCAUACUAAAAUGGUGGACAAUCUUGAUGAAAUCAUGGUUGAAACUUCUGAUUUGUCCCUGUUUUGUUUUUAUAGCAAAAUAUUUGAAAAUCAAUUCCACAUGUGCUUAGAGUUUCCUGCCCAAAACCGGUACAUAAUUGCAUUCCCACUUAUAUGCAGUCACUUCCAAAAUUGCACACAUGAACUCUGUCCAGAAGAAAGACACCACAUAAGAGAAAGAAGCCUCUCUGUAGUUAAUAUUUAUUUAGAAGAAAUGGCAAAAGAAGCUAAAAACAUUAUCACAACAAUUUGUGAUGAACAAUGUACUAUGAGUGAUAAACUUCUUCCGAAACAUUGUGCACAAACUAUUGCCCACUUAGCAAAUAGAAAGAAAAAAGAUAAGAACAAGAAGAAUACCAUUGAUUUUGUGAAGCCAGGAGCUGAAAGUUACAGGAAAACCAGGGAAGAAUUAACAACAAUGGACAAGCUCCAUAUGGCUUUAACAGAGCUUUGUUUUGCCAUCAACUACUGUUCAACUGUCAAUGUUUGGGAGUACACUUUUGCUCCACGUGAAUAUCUGCAUCAGCAUCUUGAGACUAGAUUCUCUAAAGCUUUGGUAGGUAUGGUGAUGUUUAAUCAAGACACAAGUGAAAUAGCAAAACCCUCAGAAUUACUAGUAAGUGUCAGAGCAUAUAUGAAUGUAUUGCAAAGUGUUGAAAACUAUGUGCACAUUGAUAUCACUAGAGUGUUUAAUAACUGUUUACUUCAACAGACUCAAAGCAUUGACAGUUAUGGAGAAAAAACUAUAGCAUCACUGUACACCCAGUGGUACUCUGAAAUAUUACUAAGAAGAGUGAGUGCUGGAAGUAUUUGUUUUUCAAUGAAUCAGAAAGCAUUUGUUAGUCUCACAGCAGAAGGAGCGAUUCCUUUCAAUGCUGAAGAAUACUCUGAUAUAAAUGAACUGAGAGCUCUAGCGGAAUUGAUUGGGCCAUAUGGAAUGAAAUCAUUAAGUGAAACGCUAAUGUGGCAUAUUUCAAGUCAAGUGCAGGAAUUAAAGAAGUUAGUUGUACAAAAUAAGGAGGUACUGCAGAUGCUUAGAACUAACUUUGACAAACCUGAAAUCAUGAAAGAACAAUUCAAAAGGUUGCAGCAGGUUGACAAUGUUCUUCAAAGAAUGACAAUAAUCGGAGUGAUUUUGAGUUUUCGACAGAUAGCCCAGGAAUCUCUUCUAGAUGUUUUAGAACGAAGAAUUCCAUUCUUGAUAAGUUCAAUUAAAGAUUUUCAACAGCAACUUCCCAGUGGAGAUCCAAUGCGCGUCAUUUCAGAGAUGUGCUCAGCUGCAGGAUUGUCGUGCAAAGUAGAUCCAACACUGGCAUCGGCAUUGAGGCAGCAUAAAGCUGAAUUGGAAGAAGAAGAACAUCUAAUAGUCUGCCUAUUGAUGGUAUUUGUUGCAGUAUCACUUCCUAGGUUAGCUCGGAGUGAAGGAUCAUUUUACAGACCAUCAUUAGAAGGGCAUGCUAACAAUAUACACUGCAUAGCACCGGCAAUCAAUCAUAUUUUUGGUGCGCUUUUUACAAUAUGCGGUCAAGGCGAUAUUGAAGAUCGCAUGAAAGAGUUUUUAGCUCUAGCGUCGUCGUCCUUACUGCGACUUGGCCAAGAGACUGAUAAAGAAGCAAUCAAAAACAGAGAGUCUGUAUAUUUGCUCCUUGACCUCAUAGUUCAGGAGUCUCCAUUCCUUACAAUGGAUUUAUUGGAAUCAUGCUUCCCUUACGUGUUAAUACGUAAUGCUUAUCACGAAGUUUAUAAACAAGAACAAAUGCUAUUGCAUUCAUAA